UUUCCUUAAUCAUCGUCAUCUUCCUCUCUGUGCACGAUCGAAACCCUAGCAAUCCCAAUUUCGUUUCCUGAGAUCGAAUCCUCACCUCUCUAUGGCGUAACUCCACACCAAUUUCAUCAAUUUAGCCUUUUUUUCCUGGAAACAAUGUCAACGGAGACUACAACGAAUUCGUCAUCCUUCGAUCCGGCACCGUUGAUUUCGAGCGGCGAUGAAAACGAGGGACGCAGCAACAACGGCGGGGAAAGGAGAUCCGCGAGGAGACAGGGGCUGAGGGAAGCGGCUAUGUUUCUAAGCCGCGCGAGCAGCGGACGAGCGAUGCGGGAGCCGUCUAUGCUUGUGAGGGAGGCUGCGGCGGAGCAGCUCGAGGAGAGACAGAGCGAUUGGGCCUACUCGAAGCCCGUCGUGGUGCUCGACAUCGUGUGGAACUUGGCCUUUGUCUCGGUGGCUGCUACUGUUCUUGUGAUGAGCAGGAAUGAGAAUCCGAUAAUGCCGCUUAGGGUUUGGCUCUUGGGGUAUGCGCUGCAAUGCGUGUUGCAUAUGGUUUGUGUGGGGAUUGAGUGUCGGAGGAGGAAUAGGGUGAGAAGCAAUAGGACUCCUCGGUCACGUUCUUCUUCGUCCUCUUCCUCUAUGGAGGAAGAUGGUUUGGGUUCGAGGAGGAGUUCACAUGAGCAGCUGGAGAGCGAAAGCAGCAGCAGUGUGGCGAAACAUCUAGAAUCUGCCAACACCAUGUUUUCGUUUAUAUGGUGGAUCAUUGGGUUCUACUGGGUAUCUGUUGGUGGCCAAGAUUUAGCACAAGAAUCUCCGCGGAUUUACUGGUUGUCUAUUGUCUUCCUUGGUUUCGAUGUGUUCUUCGUUGUCUUCUGUGUUGCGUUGGCCUGCGUUAUUGGCAUUGCUGUUUGCUGUUGCCUGCCAUGCAUCAUUGCAGUUUUAUACGCUGUUGCAGAUCAGGUACUUGUCAUAACCUUUUUCAUCUUAUAUCCUAAGUCGCUACUUGGUGCUAUCUGUUUUAAUACGAUGAAAUAUCAGGAAGGGGCUUCGAAAGAAGACAUUGAACAGCUCACCAAAUUCAAGUUUCGGAAAGUCGGUGAUGUUAACAAACACGCGGGUGAUGAGGCUCAAGGAAACGCCGAUGGGAUAAUGACCGAGUGUGGUACAGAUUCACCCGUUGAACAUACACUUCUCCAGGAGGAUGCAGAAUGUUGCAUCUGUCUAUCUGCUUAUGAAGACGGAACAGAACUAAGAGAGCUUCCUUGUGGUCACCAUUUCCACUGCUCAUGCGUAGACAAAUGGUUAUACAUAAAUGCGACUUGCCCACUCUGCAAAUACAACAUCCUCAAGAGUAGCAACUUGGACCAUGAGGAAGUUUAGAUGAAACAGCUUUGGUUAUUCGUGACCCCACACAACAUUUGAUCAAAGGAACUUGGGGGAUCCAAAGGUAAAAACACGACUAAUGUUAUUAGAUAUGAUGCAUUGUUUGUGAUAUGAUAUGAUAUAUAUAUACAAAUUUAUUGUACUUUUGUCUGUCUUUUAUAAUUUGGUUUGGAAAGGAAUUAGGUUUCUGUAAA